CUUCACGUGUUAGUGCUUGCUGCUGAAAUUCAAACGAGAGAGAGAGAGAGAGGACCGUGAGAGUUUGACAGAGGCAGCGACUGUAAGUAUGGUGAAAAUCGGGGUGAUCGCCAAGAAGGCUUGGAGCCUUCGCAAAAGCGUUGUGGUCUGCUUCACACCUCUGCUACUUUCACCCAUAUUACUGGUCAUGCCUCCCAAGGAGGGACGAUGUCUCUAUGUGAUUCUCCUGAUGGCUGUGUACUGGUGCACAGAGGCACUACCAAUCGCUGUGACAUCCUUGCUUCCCAUCAGUCUCUUUCCUCUCCUUGGGAUCUUGCCAUCUAGUAAGGUCUGCCCUCAGUACUUUCCUGAUACCAACAUUCUCUUUAUGAGUGGCCUCGUCAUGGCGUUGGCAGUUGAAGAGUGGAACUUACACCAGCGAAUAGCAUUGUUUGUCCUCUUGUUUGUGGGAUCGUCUCCAGCGAGGCUUAUCCUGGGAAUGAUGAUAACCACAAGUUUACUGUCAAUGUGGCUUAGUAACACUGCCACUACUGCCUUGAUGAUGCCUAUAGCCAGGGCAGUGGUCCAAAGCUUAUUCGGCACCAUGGAAGUUACCUGUGAGUCUACUAAGCUUAAAGAUUGUGAAGAAGGCUCAGAUCUCAAAGAUAAUACUUCAAAGGAACCGUUGCCUAAUGAGGGGUUACAUUUGUCUUCUGAUGACAGCCCGGAGAAACUUGAAAUUGAUGCUAAGUUUACAUUAAUGCGACAGAAGGCAGCAUUAGAUGAGAAGAACCUGUGGAAAGGUUUCCUCAUCUGCAUCCCUUACGCUGCGAGUAUCGGAGGGACCGCCACACUGACUGGGACAACACCAAACCUGAUUCUGGCCGGGCAGCUGAAAAUUUAUUUCCCUGGCAGCGACAUGGUGAACUUUUCCUCCUGGUUUAUGUUCUCCUUCCCUCUCGCAUUGCUCUUUCUGGUCAUUGGCUGGCUAUGGAUCUCUUUCCUGUAUGGAGGAUUCAAUAUAAGGUCAUGGAGCAAGAAGAGGAGGAUUGAUGAGUCCCAAGCCAGAGUGAGGAGUGCAAUAAAGAGUGAAUACAGUAAACUGGGGCCAUUCACGUUUGCAGAGGGUGCAAUUUCAGUUUUCUUCUUCUUAUUUGCGGCUAUGCUUUUCACAAGAGAUCCAAAAGUCAUUCCUGGAUGGGCCAUUUUGUUCCAAAAGGGCUAUGUGUCCGACGCGGUGACUGGAGUGACGUUCGUUAUUGUGCUGUGCUUCUUUCCAUCUCAAAAGCCUUCACUGAAGUGGUGGUUUAAUCCAGAAGCCUCAAGAAAAACAAAUCCGUCCCUGCUAACCUGGACGAAAAUCCAAAGUAAUUUACCCUGGAAUGUGAUUCUGCUACUUGGCGGAGGUUAUGCCAUAGCAAAAGGCUGUGAGGUCUCGGGACUGUCUGUCUGGCUCGGCAACCAAUUAAACCCACUUGUGAACCUCAAGCCAAGCAUUGCUCUCAUUCUGAUCUCGUUCCUAGUAACGUGCUUCACUGAAUUUGCCAGCAACACUGCCACAAUUGUAAUAUUGCUACCAGUUUUAAUUAAACUGUCUGUCCAUAUGAGGGUGAAUCCUCUGUUCCUGAUGGUCCCAGCGACUGUUGUAUGUUCCUAUGCUUUCAUGCUGCCGAUAUCAACACCUCCAAAUUCCAUUGCAUUUGCCACAGGCCAUCUAAAGGUCAAGGAUAUGGUAAAGUCCGGGAUUGUUAUGAACAUUUUGGGCAUUCUUCUGAUCUUGUUAGCUGUGAACACGUGGGGUUACUACUUGUUCGAUUUGUCUACUUAUCCCCAAUGGGCAGAGCCUAUCCAGAAUUUCACUCGCCUCUCCCUGAAUCGCACUGUGUAACCCAUGGCACCGUAGGACUUCAGGUUACAAGCCGUGUGAGAGACAAUGCAAUGCUGUUAACAUUGCUGAAGUGAAGCAACUGUCUCAAUAUUAGACCGGAUCCAACUGUGCAAAAUACCUGAAGAAUUUACGGAUCUUACACAUUUUUUUAAUGAAUAUUAACCAUUGAUUUUUAUAUUGGAUAUAAAUGAUAAUUGUUUUAAAAA